AUGAGAUUCACUUCGGUUGCCUUGACGGCAGUCACCGCCACGGCGGUUCUUGCCCAACCUCAUGUCCACAAGCAUCGACGCUUCCACGAGCAUAAAUUGAACGAGCGCGACGUCACCAAAACAGCCUGGGCUCCAGGCCCGACCGACUAUGUGUACAUGCUCAAUGGAAAGGAGCUCACUGCUGAAGAGGUGUGUGAAGGUCUUCAGGACAAUGAAUUGAAGUUUGUGGAUGGUCAGGACCCCGGUGUCUGCUCUAAGACUGUGACCACCAGCAGCUCUGCCCCUACGUCAACCUGGGCAGAGUCGAGUACGUCGAGCACCAGCACCACCACAUCAGCUGCCGUGAUCUCGUCCGCAGCGGCGGCCGAGUUCUACGGAUCUGCAUCUUGGUCUAGCCCAAGCGAGUCCUCCUCUAGCUGGGGGUCUGCUCAAUCUUCCGCUCCAUCGUACUCGUCUGGCGGCGGUGGUGUUGACGCACCAUUCCCUGAUGGUGAACUGGAUUGUGGCACUUUCCCCUCGCAGUAUGGUGCUGUAUCGCUCGAUUACUUGGGUAUGGCCGGAUGGUCGGGUCUGCAAGCAGUUACCAUCGCAGGUGGACUUGUCAACCACAUUGUCACUGGCAUCGCCGGCGAGUCUUGCACCGAAGGCAUGAUGUGCUCGUAUGCUUGCCCUCCCGGCUACCAAAAGUCCCAAUGGCCCUCGACCCAGGGUGCGACAGGCCAAUCCGUGGGUGGCCUGGAAUGCACUGGUGGCAAGCUCCGCUUGACCAACCCUGGCCUUUCGAGCAGCCUUUGCAUCCCAGGUGUUGGUGGUGUCCAAGCUACCAAUAGCGCUGGCUCUGUGGUUGCCAUUUGCCGGACCGACUACCCUGGCACUGAAUCCGAGACUAUCCCCGUCGAACUUCAGCCCGGCGAGACGGAGCAACUGACCGUCCCGGAUGCUGGCUCGUACUAUCAAUGGCAAGGACAGUCCACGUCCGCCCAGUACUACUUGAACCCCAUCGGCACCUCUGCUGCUGUGGGUUGCCAGUGGGGAUCGCCUGGUGGCAACGUCGGCAACUACGCCCCCAUCAACUUCGGCGUCGGUGCCAAGGGCGGCAUCACCUGGUUGUCCAUCUUCCAGAACUCCCCUACGACAAAUGCGCAAUAUCAAGGCACCGUGGAGCUGAAGGGCAAUCUGUCCGGCUCUUGCAAAUACUCCAACGGCCAAUAUUGCGGCGCCACCGGAUGCAACUCCCAAGGAUGCACUGUAAGUUGA